ACGUCUCCAAUCUCCCAACUCCAACAUAUUAUUACUCUCUCACAAAAUCCUCUUCAUAGAGAGAGAGAGAGAGAGAGAGAGAGAGAGAGAUUGAAUAAUUAAGCAGCUAGCACACUAUGGCUUGUAGUAAACAAUUCAUCACUCAACUUCUUCACUCAUCUUCAAGAUCUUCUUUGCUCAAACCCUCUAGACCAUUUUUCUACAACUCCAUCAAGAAUUAUGGGCAAGAAGUGAAGGAAAAAAAGAGCCAUUUGGUAAAAGAGAGGGCAUCAUCAACAGCUGAUGAAUUUCUGAGAGUAGCAGAAGAAAAAGCAAAUGAAACACCAAAGGUGAAAAGUCAAACUAGUGAUAAAACACUUGAUGCUGCUGAAGAAGCUACUAAGAGUAACUCAAAGUUUGAAGAUGUUAAGAAUAGGUACAAGGAUCAUUAGGAACUUGCUAUGCUAACUUCAAUUAUGAGAUUGUUGAUUUUAAUUUUCAGCUAGAAUAAGGAAUUUCUUAUGUCUUAUGUUUUUACAAAAUGUUUGUGCAAUUGUUAGUGUUUUUGCAAGAGAAUGAGACUAAAAAAAAACGUGAAUUUCUUUGCAAGUAUUAUGAAUUUAUGAGUUUAAUGUUACCUAUUUGAAAAAUAAUCUAAAAUUCUUGGUUUGUAUGGUUGUACUUAUUCUCCAUUUUGUUUAAUAUUGAUGGAGACUACAUGAAUCA